ACCUGCGUACGUUGGCUGCGUCGUAACCAGGAAGCUUGUCAGCUGAAAGACUGGUACUUCGUGAAGUCUUACCCAGUUUAAGGUUUUGUGUAUUUGUUUUGCUCGCCACUGCCAGGAGACUUGCCAUCAUGUCAGGUUAUGACCCUAAUCCCUUUGCGGCGCCUGUGGAUAUCAACCCCUUUCAGGAUCCUUCAGUCACCCAGCUUACAAAUGCAAGUCAAAACAGUAUUGGAGAAUAUAACCCCUUCACAGAAAACACCAGGCUGACUAAUCCAAAUCAGCCUACAGUCCCGGCCACAAAGACCACGACCCCUUCGCAGCCUGCGAUUCUGCAAACAUCAGUUGAACCCACUCCACAGACUACAGCAGUUGCAGCCCAGGCCAGCCUGCUGAAACAGCAGGAAGAGCUGGAGCGAAAGGCUGCUGAGCUGGACCGCAAAGAACAGGAAAUGCAAAACUUAAGUUUUAACCCAAGACAAAAUAAUUGGCCACCUCUGCCAAAGAUAUGUCCAAUCAAACCCUGCUUUUACCAGGACUUUUCUGCUGACAUCCCAGCUGAUUAUCAGAGAACAUGUAAAAUGUUGUACUACCUCUGGAUGUAUCACGCACUUACUCUUUUCUUAAACUUCUUAGCCUGUUUGGCUAUGUUUUGUGUGAACACAGCAACAGGAGUGGAUUUUGGUCUUUCCAUUUUAUGGUUUGUGCUUUUCACACCUUGUGCAUUUCUGUGUUGGUACAGGCCAGUUUAUAAGGCUUUCAGGUCUGACAGCUCAUUCAACUUCUUUCUGUUUUUCUUCGUAUUUUUCUGCCAAAUUGUGAUCUAUAUUAUUCAGGCUGUUGGAAUUCCUGGCUGGGGUGACAGUGGCUGGAUCCUUGCAUUAUCUAUGAUUAAAACUAAUACUGCUGUUUCAGUCAUUAUGAUGGUGGUGGCAGGAUUCUUCACUAUGAAUGCUUUGCUUGCUCUUUUCCUACUAAAACGGGUUCACUCUUUGUACCGCAGGACUGGUGCCAGUUUCCAGAAAGCACAAGCGGAGUUUUCACAAGGUGUUUUCACGAACCAGUCUGUCCGAAAUGCUGCUUCCACAGCUGCACAUAGUGCCUUCCAGUCAAACUAAGCACAUCAAAAGUUUUCUGUUUAAUUCAGUUUCCCUUUAUAAAAGAUGCACUUUCUAUUGUUAAGUUGUAUAGUGUGUCUGUACAAUGAUAUUGCAAAUGGUUUCUUUCAUUUUAAACUAAAAGUUAAAAAACUAAAGUAUUUGUUAUCAUAGCUCAUUAUGGAAGCACUCUUACAGUUCAGUUUUGCUUUCUUUCUUUUUUAUUCCCAUUGUUUUGAAGCUUUGCCAUGAAGGAACUAGUUUUGAUUCUUACUAAUAAAAAAAAAAAUGGCUAUAUUUUGACGAGAUUACAGUUUUUCAAAAUAAGGAAUAUAUUGUAGUUUGGAAAAAAAUGAGUCAGUUUCUCCUUAAAGUAUGUUAUAUUGUUACAGAGGAUUUGUUUUCACUUAGAAAAGAUGUAGCAAAUAUCCAUGAUACUAGUCCACAUCUUGAACAGAUGAUUUAGUGUUUCACUUUUGUGUAAUAGAUAGGAAAACUACUGGAGCAACGCCUAAGUAUGUGGUGUACAUCAAAAUAUUUAGCAAACUAUAUUCAAGGCAAGUUUUCACUACAUAUUGUAUCAUUUUGAUUGUUAACCUUGAUGCUGUGAUUGGGGAAAGUAUUUUUAUGUAAAAUAGGGUUAUUUCCAUAUUUGUUUGCUUAAUAUUUAACUCUGGUAUAUUAUCACAGUGGUUGUUUUUAUUGUUGGAAUUUUGUCUUCAGUGCAGCAUCUGGUAUACGCUAGAAACAAAAAAAGGUUUAAAAAUAAAUGGCCCAUACUUGUGCCAAUAACAGAACACUAGUUUUUGUUUCUAACCUCUUUACCCCCCCCCCCCCUAGACAGACUGAGAUAUAAAGGCCUUCUUAUAGAAAGCCACCAAAACUAUUUUAAGGUUUCCUAUAUCUGAAAUGAUUGUCUUGUUUACUGAUUGGACUACCUACAUUUUAAGUAUUUUAGGCAAAAUACUUAGAGUAUUUAUGAGCCCAAUUUACAGAGAAUGCUUUGUUAAAGAAAACGGUAUUGUUGGAGAUGCUCUUUAUAGUGGGAACAGCAUAGUUGCAAUAAGAAGAAAAUUUGUUCGCUCCUUGCAUUUGAAAUUCUCAGCACAAUAUGCACUGUUUUGGUGAUGGCAGUGCUGGCAGUACUAAGAUAUUAUUGUAUUCAUUUCUGUACUGUCCAUUUUUUUGCUUUCUUGAAGGGAAUUGUGCUAACCAAGUUUUAAUUAGUUCUGUUUUUGGUAUUAUUUACUGUCCAUUUUACUUUUAGAUUUGUUUUGUCUGUGCUGGAAGUUACCAUGUUUAUUCAUUAUUCUGUUGCAUUGAAGGCAACGUAUGAGUUAAAUGGUAAUUCAGCCUUGGAUCAAAAAAAUGUAUAUACUGCAUGAGCAAUACCAGCCAACCAGUUAGAGACUCUACUUCUAUUUCCUUUGUGAACAUAGAUGUAUACAUUCCUGUUUUCGAGAUACCUCCCCCCCGAAGCAAUUUAUAGAAAGAUAAAUCAGGAUGAGUAAUGAGGCAGUACUCUUGUCUGAAGUUUUCUAGUUCUUUUAUCCUAGGCUAGCCCCAGCUGUAGCAGGCAAAGUUGAUAAAAUCACUUUUAGGUUUUUGGUUGGGUGGCCUUUAAACUGAAUGGAAAGUUCCACUUUAUAAGCUUUGUGAUGGUGCAUAGGAAGUUGAUUCUUCCUGGUAGGUGUUUUGUGUAUGCAUUGAGUGAAUAUAUGAAGCUGAGUAUAUGAAUCCAAGACGAAUAUUUUUAUCCUAGAAGUUGAGAUUUCAUCUUUUACAUUUAUUGCUGUUAUGCUGUAUUUUUUCAGAACUGUAGCAAAAUACAUUUCACUAGAUGCAGAUGCUGUUUUCCUGUUUUAGUGAAGAUUUGUAAUCUCUGGUAAAUUAAACUGUUCACUAACUGCUUGUAUGCAAAAGUUGUGCAGGAAGUUCAAGUGGCCACUUUUGUUACAUAACUAUUCUUUGGCAGUCCAAGUUGGAAAGUAAUAGUCGCACAGUAAAAACUCUUCCAUCUGAAUCUCUCCGUCACUGUUGUAUAAUAAUUCAUUUCUUUUUAUAGACCCAAAGGCUGGAGUUUUUACAUUAUACAAUGCAAUGCAAAGAAGCCAUUAGAAAUCAGUCAGUCCUCUUUUUCUGCCUCACCAAAUGUUUAUAUAAUUGGUAGCAGAAUUUCUUACUGUGCUCGGCUUGGGUUUUUUUUUUUUUUGGCUAUAUCCUGAGCUUUCCUGUUAAGAGUUGCACUUUAUGUAAGCAUUGAAGUUUGUAAGAAUCAAAGCCAGAUAUGCAGGAUGCAACCUUUUAAUGUAUAUAUUUUUUCACUAUAGUGUCUGCGUAAUCUUUUUACUCAGAAAAGGGCCUUCAGUUACCACAGUUUAAAAUAAGGACUAGUGGUGAACCCAGUCAGAAUUAAUCAGAGCUCAAACUCUGACUUUGAAGUCCUUCUGUAGUGGCUAACUCUUGGGAUUUCAUUGUCUAAUAACUACAGCUUGGCACAUUUUUGAAUAUUCUGAGAUUGCCAUGCUUGGGGAGCAUGCACACUUCCUUCCAAGACACUGUAUAUGUUCAAAAGCUGGGUAAGGAGAGUGAAUUUAGCCCAUCUGCUCCCCUUUCCUUUUCUGCUGCUUACACAUUUCAGGUCUUGAUCCUAAAGUUCUUCAUGGAAAAGUUUGUGUGUUCCGUCCCCAAGACCUUCCAUAUCUUCCUGUAUUGUGCAGAUCACAAGGCAGGCAUCACACACUCUAUCCACAAGUACAGUGCAGUCUGAAGCCUAGCCAUAAGUGCUAGUGCUUUAGGUGGGCUACCCAUAACAGAUGAAGGAAAAUGCUUGAUGUAUGCCUCACCUCUUUCAAAAUAGUGAUUCUGGAAUUGUGCUUCAUUGAAGGACCAAUAAUGCUGCAGGUCAGUGCCCAAAAUGCAUCAGAGGCAUCUGUUUGGAAACCAGGGAUAGUCUCAUCUUUCUAUUACUAAAUAUGAUCUCUCAUUCCUUGUGAGUUGCAGCUUUAGAGAGGUGUCGGUCUUCUAUCUCAUGUUAGCCCAAAGUAAAAAGAGAAUGAGGUGCAUCUCAGCAACCACCUUAUGGUGCUUCCUGUGAUGCCUGCACCACUGCACCUACAUAUGAGCAGCUGGAACAUACCAACACCUGAGUUGCAUAAAUGGAGCAGUCUGUGGAGUCACUAGCUGUUGGGAUAUUGACACACUCUGAACCAAGGAGUCUUCUUCCUAUGCCUCAUGCAAGGACUUGCUGUCUAGCGCAAGAAUGAGGAGAGCCCUUAAGCUUCAAGCUGUGCUGCCUUCCCUGGGUCUGUCAUUGAAGUUCCUAAGGAAGGCAACUUUUCUAGCCCAGUAGUUGCAGCUGUGACUGCACUGUAAGACUGACCAUGGUGGACACAUUUGUCAGUAAACACCAGUGAUUUUUGACAGGAUCCUUGGUGGGGCCAUGUCUUAAAGUUUUAGGACCACCCCCCCAAAAAACAGUUUCUCUGGAAAGUAAGCUGUCUUUGCAGAGCUUUUUUAAUAGGCUCAGGGGCUAAUCAAGAGCCAGGCUGUAGAGCCUAUUAUUUCUCCAGAGAAAGGCAAAGGUUUGCUCCUAUAGUUUCUUGUUUUGAAGAAAACAGGAUAUUUCUGCGUCAACUUGUUCCUCAGCAACUGAAUUUAGCAUGUCUGGUAUAUCAGAUUUCAAAUUAUAAGUCUCCAGGUGACGUUGUUUCUGCUGCCACAGGGAUACCACAUGGCACCUGGAUUGUAUUUCUAGAUAUAUUAUUGUCUGAGGUCCACACAGGAGAGUUGCUUGUCUGAUGUGGGUGGGCAUCACUUUUGGUAACAGUUCAAUUAUUCUACCUUGCCUCUGAAACAAGAAUGUUUACUACAGUGGUAGGCAGGAUGGUGAAAGCCUUGGAGGAGAGAGAUCUUUUUUUCUGUUACUUAGAUGACUGGCUUCUUGGUGGGCCCCAUAUUAGAGGACUCCCUUGUAGUAUUUGCGGCUUGGGCACUUCUGUAUUUGCAGAUCCUGGAACUUUUCAUUUACUGGGAGAGGUACACUCUGAUACUGAGUCAGAAUAUAGCCUUCAUCAGGAUUAGAGUUUCUUGCCUUUUAAUGCUGGUCUUUUUUCCUCUAGGGAAGAUGCAGGAACUUGUAGCUUUGGCAGCCUGAGCAAGGACCUAGUAUAUGGGCCAUUUUUAUCUCUUCAGUUUCUCUUGAAUCUUAUGAUAGUCCCAGUCCUCUGCAUUCCAUUUGAACACCUGCGGCUGUGAGAGGUAGUGCAGUGGGCACUCAGAUGUCUGUAGAUGUAAAGCCAUCAUGUGCUAAUGGACCUUGUUUAUUGCUAGACCAUUUUCAUUGACUUUGUGAUAGCCAAGUAUCAUACUUUCAGUACAACCCUUCACUGCUACAGCAGAAUGUGUUGCAUUUCUUGAUAGUGAAUGUUUCACUGUCUGGAUUGGGAGACUAUCGCAGCUCUUGUAUGACUGGGGGAAAGUGAAUUGCCCAGAAAAAGGAGAUCCACAAAAAACAGAGCUAACAUCAGUGCCUCUCAUCCUCAAAACACUGGCUGGAAAGUUGAGACUAGAGCUUCCUCUACUUCUGUCAGACAAACAGGCGAUAGUAUGGUAUGUCAACAAGCAGGAAUGGCAUGUGCCUGUACUUCCUAUUGAAAGAGGUGAUGUGGGUCUAACACUGGGCCGUAGACUUGAGCAUCGCAUUAACAUUUCUUCACAUCCUUGUCCAAAUUCUUUGAGCUACAUCUCCAUGUCUCUCCUGGAGUAAUUUAGAAUUCUUGUCUGGUCAAGGUCAUUCCACAGUUCACCACAGUUCUGCUCAUUUCAACAGGGUAAUGGAGUUGAUGAUUGAUGCACUGUCUCUCUUGAAGCAGAAAUUAAAUCUUUCUCACUGUUCUGUUGUGGUUGAGAAGGGUGUGGUUUCAGGUCCUUGGUUGUACAGAAGACUGUCUAGUACAAGCCAAGAAAGUCACCUGCACAAAUUGUGGAAGUAAUCAGUUGCACAUUACAUGCUGACUGUUUCACUAGAUACCUAGAUGCAGAUUUUCCACUAGGUGUCCUGAGAGAUGUACCUAGCUGCAGAUUUUCCAUUAGGUGUCCUGAGAGAUAGCUGAAGCAGUCAGGAGGCAUUCUGCUCUUGAGACAUGGUCUGUUUAGCAAAAAUGUUUUGGUUAGAGAGAAAAUGUUGAUUACAUCAUAAAGUUUGCUCAUGUUCAUGCAUUUGAAGGCUUUCCAUGUACAUCAGUGGCUCAGAUACAAUAUGCACUAGCCAUUACAAAACCAUUUCUGAGCAUCAGAGUUAACCAAAUAUUUUCAUGACUGAAGAGGGUCAAGGGGCUAAUACUCAAGAUUAUUUUUAGUACUAUGAAAGUAGAACCAGUGGAGUUUUGUCACCUUAUGAAUGAAGAAAGCGUGCUUCCACAUCCCUGCCUACUGGAUUUAUAGACAGUUCCUCAGAUUCAUAGUGGAAAAAGUCACGCUACCAUCUUAUACUUUGCCAUUCUGCUUUUGUAUUACAUGCAACAUUUUCACCAAAUACAUGACCCCAGUGUUUGUCCACUUGUGUCUGAAGUUUACCCAUGACUUGGUCACUGCUUAAUAAAGGCCCCUUCAUUUGGGGAAUUCCGGAAAGGCUCAGAACAUGAUUAAAUGAUGUCUUCAGAGUGUAGGAAUGUCAGUAAAUGCAUGGAAGUCUGACCAAAGUCCUGCAGUACCAAAGAAUUUCUUAAGAGCCAUGAAAAACUUCUGUUUAUUUUAAAUGAAAGCCACCACAGUGUGGAGUGCAUGCCUUCUUUCUUGCAUCCACAUGACUGAUUACAUGUAAAACUGGUCCAUUAGGAGCAUGUUCAAUUACCUAUCUCUGCAGUGACCAUGGAGUUCAUUGGUAGCAUCUCCUGAUCUUCAAGAUCCCAUUUGUCCCACUAGAACCAGGCCAGAUGCUAACAAUGUAAGAUUGGGGUAUACAUGAAGAGCGCAAUUUUAGCAGUUUUAAAUUUUGUACCCCUUAUUUCAGGGAACAAAAGAAAGAAGCAUAUUAAUCUGAAGGAAAUUGUCAUUCCAAUACACCAUGCUAGCUUUCAAGUUGAUACUGAAACCAGGAACUCUGAAUAGUGUGACAGACAGCUUCUCACAAUAAAAGUUCCCUGUGUAGACCAACCAAUUUCAUCUGGGUUCUGGCAAUGAAUCUUGAAUUUAAAGCAACAAGCAGUUUGCAUCCACACCAAAAAAAAAUCUGUAGAAGGCACAAUUAGCAGGGAAGACGUUAGCACUGCAGUAAUGGGUUUUAGUGCAUCCUUUUUUUUUUUGGAGGGGGGUUAACCUUCCCAAAAUCGCCAUUAAAAUGAGCAGCGAUCACCUAGUUGAUUUUAGAAAAGUCAUAAAUUUGGGAGCCUGGAUUGCUUUGCACUGGUAGAAUCACAUGGCCUUGAGAAAGACACUUGCCCUUUUCCUGAGGGGUCUAGCCUCAAAACAUUUAAGUAAUGCACCAUAUGAGGGGGUGUAAAGGGGGAUUGCCCCACACCUUUGAAGUAAUGUAUUCAUUUUAGUUGACUGUAAAGCAGUUGAUUAUUUCAUUAUUAAAUUUGUGGAUGGGGAGCACAUUUUGAACUUCAUAAGGAAAUGGGGAUAACCAAAGAUAGACCUCUUCAAAUCCAAACUGAGUCAUGGUAUCCAUUCACAUGGGGUACAAACAGCAGCACCUCUUAUCCUAGUAGUGCUCCAUCAUGCAAGAAGUACAAAUGUGCUAGUUUCACCAAGAUGUGCUAGAUGGCAAUAGAAGAGAGAAGUCUUUCCCCUAGGCUUCCAACUUUUUACCUGGUAUGAUAGCAGCCUUCAACCAGACUUCAGUAGUCAGAUACACUAAUUUCUGCUGUACUUUUGUAAUUAUGCAUUUGUACAGAGGUCAUGGCUGAAAAGAAUUUUUGAUCCAGUCCACAUAUUUGGUCAACGAAGUAAAUAAAAAAUAAAAUAAAAUGCUCACUGCCUGGAGGAUAAAUCAGGUUGAUACCAUGCAUUUAUUUUCACCAGAUAUCCUGAAUUUUCUCCAAAAAAGUAUAAGAUGAGACCUGUGAAAUCAUUUUUGUCAAAAUGGACUAUGCUGUCAAAUUAGUAUGAAGAUGUGGGAAUCCAUUUCACCCCUACCCUAUAGCCCAACUCCUACUGUACCUCUCAGACCUGUUAAAGCUGGUCUGCUAUUCUGUAAAUGUGCCUAUAUAAGCCAUCAUUGCCCGCAUCUCACUGGAUCCCCCAUUAUCUGCUAAUACAGAGGUGGUAGGCCCUCAUAUUUGGAGGCCUAGAUGCCUGCACAUUCCUUCAUUAAUUUUCCUGUACCUGCUUUAUCCUAUUCAAAUCCCCAAGGUAGCCAGCAUAUCCCAGCAAGCAGCAGCAGCUGCAAGGCAAUGAAUCAGUCUAGUUUGAUGUAAGCAUUUUAGAAGAUCACUGAUUCACCUGUCUGCAUGCCUUUCAGAUGUGGAAGAUUCUAGACAGCCCAGUAAAAAUCAGUGUGGGUACAGAAAGUAUAUGCAGACUUUGUAUAGAAGUCAUCCCAGACAGGAGCUGUGCCAGAAAACAAGCACUCUUUAAUAGCAGUGCUGACCUCUGCACCACUGUGGCUCCUAGCAGAUCUGAAAUGUUAUCCUGGAAAGCUUUUUUCUUCUAGCAGUUGCCUCAACCAUAAUGAUUCUUGAACUGCAGCCUCUAAUGUUUGCAGGGAGCUUUGUAUUUGCUUUCCACAAGGGCAGUACAUCUUGAAGACAAAUCCCUUCUCAUGCCCACUGAUGUUUCUGAAUUUCCUUCGAGCAGAACUUCAGGGUACCAGUUUUCUACCCAAAACCUGAGAAAAAGGGACAGAGGAUUGUACGGUGUAUAUAUAAGCACUUUGUACAUAGUUGUUACACUUGAAAAUCCCCUUAUUGUUACUAUGAAAAUACAAAUUAUUCUUUGGCUGUUCUUUGUAGCACAAUCUGUGCUUUAAGUUUAAACCUUUCUUAUAACCAAACACAGGUUGAUCAGUAAUAGUAUCAUCUAGUUCAGGAAUCUCUCAAUAUGGGCCAAUAUUUCCUUAUGAUAUUCUUCACUGCAGAAGUAUUUUUAUUGUAUAUUAACAACAUACAUGUCUGUUUACAUAUUUGGCAUUCUUGUUCCUAACGCCCAUCAUCAUCAUUAGAUUUAAAAAUAGGUUUGGCUAGGUAGUGUACUGCAUGAUUCUUUAAUAGCAAUUCAUGUAUUGUGUAGUUCUGCAGAGUCAUAACCUCUGGUGAUAAAAUCUUGAACAGUCUUAUCUAAUUGUGUGUCCAUGUUAAUAUCUGAAGUGUUAAGUCUAGCAGCAUGAAGCAUCUGAUUCUUGACUGCAUUUUUAAAAACAGAAGGUGGCUGCAUGCUCAUUCUGUGGAGAUACAAAUUUUUCUUAAACAAUUAUUUUUUGUAUAACAAAGUGUCCAAGCAGCCUUGCUCCCCCUUUAUUAAUUUAAUGUCCAAGAAGUUCAUUUCUUGAGAUGACGAUUCUCACUUAAAUUUUAAAAAAUAAACAGUGUUAGAUAUGUGGUAAAAAAUUAAUUAAAUUCCUCUUCAUUACCCUGCCAAACUAAAAACAAAUAAUCAACAAAAUGUUUAUGAAAAACAAGUUUGUCUCUGUAAGGGUUUUGAGUUGAGAAAACGGAUUGUUUCUCCCAUAUGUACAUGACAAUGUUCGCAUAGGUGUUUGCGACUGGGGUACUCAUUGCUACACCUUUGUUCCGUUGAUACAAUUUUGUUUGAAAAAGUAGUACAUUAUUAGUAAGAACAAGAUAUAAUGCAUCACAUAUGUCUAGAUGUUCAACAUGUAGUCUGAAAACUCUAGAUAUUAUUUUACUUAUUGUGUACUUGUAGAUAGUUGCUGCUGAACUAGUUCGUAUUUGCAGUGGUGAUGAGAUAUAAAAUCUUUUGUGAUGUUACAUUAUAGUGGUGUAUUAUCUUUAGAAUACAUUUCCUGCUUCCUGUUGGGUAUGGUAACUUGGGGAGUUUUAUUUACUGCAUUAGACUUUAGACUUGGGAAUAAGAAUAUUUGUUGGUAGCAUUCUUCAUAGGUCCCAGCCCUAAGAAAGAACAGAAGAUAGCAGAGGAUUCACUCUUUUUUAAGACCAGGCCGAUAACACAAGAUUUGCACUUCUAUAAGACCAGGCUUCCACCUGAUGGCCUCACCAUGUAGUUCAGGCUCAAAAGGUCAGUGACUUCCUCUGGUUGUACCACUUUCCUCUUGGGCAUCCUACAGCAAUGAUUAUGCUAUCUAAACAUCUAUGUGUUUGGUGAGUUCUCAGACAGAACUGUACUUUUGCCUCCUUUACCCCUAGGGGUUAAGGUCUUAAAGUGACAAGGCAAAGCUUUCCUAAACAAUUGCUACCUACCAUUGACAAAUGCUGCUGUCAAAUGCCACUUCAGGAUGUGACUACAACCAGUAUUUGCUUAAAAAUGUCAUAGUUACAGACCAUUAUGCCAUGACAACUUAGUCAUCAGUUCUUGAUUUUGUCAGUGUUAUUGUUUAGAAUGAUAUUCCAAGAAUCACGCUCUCUUUUCAACCUCUGUGUUUCUAGACUAAUCCUUAUUGUAUUUUGCCCCUUAUUCUGUCUUGUAGGAGGUUUCAUUUUCUUUGUUUGACAUUCUUACCAGUAGCUACUCUCUACAGGAGUCAUCUGAAGUCAGAUAUGACAGAUCUGUACUUAAUGCAGCUUUUGAUUUGUGAGGAGUUAUUUUGCAGUGAAUGUUUGUUGCUCACGCACUCUCUGUGUCUGGAUGUUUAUCCAUCCUACAGCUUUGCAUAGAUCUCCUUGUGAGUCAAGAAAUUAUUUCAUGUUGUUUGUUUUGUGGGUUUUGUUCAUUCAUCGGAUAGGUGGACCUUAGUGAUGCCAAAGAUGACUGGUCAUCUCGCCUUACAAAUUACAUUAUAGCAUGUGCAAGUGGUACAAACGUGCAUGCUCCCAAAUGUGAGAAUAAGAGAAAAUCAGACAUUUACCAAGCUAGUAAUAUAAAGAAUCAACAACUGCCUACUACAGAAGGACUCCUCAUAAGUAAAAAUGUGCAGCAGUGAGUGCAUAUUGAUUAUUUAUAGAGACGUGGAGUAGAUCUAUAAAUAUCUGAGAGAAAAUAGAAUGAAUUUAGGAAAGGAAAGGGAUGCUAGAAGGGGAGGAAAUAGUUACAAAGCAGUAACUUUUUAGGCUUGCUGCAUCCAAAAGAAAAAGUUUGGUACUACAGGAUGCAAUCUUCCUUUUAACUUUUGAAGUACUUGUAAACUGUAAAAGCGUACUACUUGAAUAAAUAAUACCACCUUUUCUAAAGUUUAUCUUUCCUGUGGUGGAAUGAAGGCUCUGUCCCCUUUGUGCCUCGGUUGUGAAAUGUAAUUUCAUUAAAAUCGGGGAGGGGGUACUUGAAUAAUUCUGAUACUAUAUUCUUUCAGUAUUGCAGUCUGAGGCAGAUAGUUUAAAAAACAGAAAAUGAAAUGCUAGCCUCUCUUUACCUUUUUGGAUAUUGAAUAAUAUGUUUACUUUGCAACUUAUUUUACUUUCAUAUUGUCACAUCAUGCAGAGAUCAUUUUUACUUUCUUUAUCUUUGCCUUUGAUAAUCUGAUUAUUCACCAGCAAUUUAGGUAACUUGGUUGUAGCUUGCUAGUCUGUUUUUCAAGAUACUGGGAGAAUUUCAGGUUACGGAUAAGCAUUGCGAUGUUUGCAUUUCCCAAAUAUUUUGUAAGUAAAAAUCAUAUUCAUUGUCAGUGUUUCUCCCAGGUUAAUGGAUCUAGUUUCCUAGAUUUGUUUUUAAUAAGUUUCCUGGUGCAAGUAUUUAAUCAUAAGCUGGUGGGUAAUUUCUUUGUUGAAUUUGUAUGGGAUACAUGUUAAGAAAAGGAGAGUGGAGUUAUUCCUUAAUGUAUUUUUUCUAUACAUGUAAAUGUUUAUGCAAUAUCUUUGACCUUUUUGUCCUUAAAUAAAUAUCUUCAUAUAAAAAUUA